UCCGACCAUUUAAAUUUAAUGACAUCUACAGUGUAUUUGGAAGUCAUCAACAUUUUUUUGUGCUUAAACUUUAAACAGCGGGUUCGGGUUUAAUUGUCAAUAUUGUGCUUUCACUGAGAAAAUUUUUUAUCGAUAUUUCUGCAAUAAAUGAACCUCGAUUAGAAGGUGUUGUGUUUAUUAAUAAUUCAUCACGUAAGGACCUCGGCGGACGGCUUCCCUAGUUACACAGGACUGUUGCAUAAGACCAGGGUUAUGUCAAGCAGGUAGUUUUUCAUUACUCUUGGCCUAUCCAAUAUGCCUGGGAUCAACGUAGUGUCAACUGUUGCUGGGGCUGAAUCGGUGGUGAGGCGAUUACUGUGUGAACCUGUAGUAGCUGUCUCCUGUCAGGGAACAAGGCAUAUAAAUGUAUUAACGUCUGUGACUACUUGUAUUCCUUCCGGAGAUGUGUUCGUGUUCGAUGUGAAAUCUUGUCCAAACAUCGUAUUGGAUGGUGGUCUCAUACGGCUGUUUCAGUCUGUAGAACUAGUAAAGGUGUUUCAUGACGUAAGCAUUGCCAGCAAAUUUCUUCAUCCAUACGGCAUAAAAAUACGCCAUUAUUUUGACACUCAGGUCGGCUACUCCGUUCUUCUGGAACAAAAAGGAUUUCCGCCAAGAAAGAUAACUCUAGAUCAGCUUUGUAAAAAGUUUCAGAUCAACCUACCGGCUUCAGAUUCCCAUGAACAGAAAAAAAUGAAUGAUGAUGUGAAUUACUGGGCAAAGCGACCUUUGUCAAAAUCGAUGUUACAUCUGUGUGCUACAUCUGUGAUGUCAUUAGAACCUUUGUAUACCUGUCUAGCCAGUCAGUUGGAUCCGCACAUGUGGGAGUGGUUUGACUGUAUGAGUGAGGAGAACCGUCUGUCGCGGAUUCAGAGGAGACGGAUCCAGUCGGUGAAGUCCGCCAGGAGGAGCCAGCAGUUUGUUGAGCACCUGUACGAGUACCCCGUGACGGAACUUACAGAGGAAGAACGACAACUCCUGUCCAACACACUACCGGAGUCUCAUCCCGACUAAAUGAUGUCUGAUAAAUUAUUGUAUUAAACUUGAACAUUAAAAAAUAAUACAGUUUCUUUAAUGUAUAAGAAAUUAUUGAACGAAAUUUGAUCAGAAUUUAGUUACCAGUAUCAAUCUUCCUUAUUUUAUUAAAGUUCCUGAAGAAUUUAUUAUUUUAGUAUUGGCGAUUGUAGUAAUACGUGUUCUAUUAAUAUGAUAAUAGUAAUAUUUGCUUUUAAGCUUCUUAUAUUGGGAUGCUUUGUGCUAUUUUCUUCCUUUCCACGUUAAACAUUAAAUAUUGUUAAUUAUCAUACUGAAAGACGUAUCAAGAUUUUGAUUUGUUUACCAGUAUGUAAGUAAUACCCUAUUUGUUACUGUACACUUUAGUCCUUUGCAAGAUGAUCAACCUUUGGUCAUGAUGUAUAAAGUGAUAACCCAGACGUAUUUUAUAUAUGUGCAAUAAAGUCAUGUCUUUAUCUGUA